AUGAAGCAGGUAGAGUUCUUGGGUUACGUAAUCGAUCAGCACGGAGUACAACCGAGAGACGAUAAAGUUAAAGUUGUGCUGCAGUGGCCUAAGUUGAACAGUGUACCAGAGAUACAGUCCUUUAUGGGAUUUGUUCAAUACUACAGGAAAUUCAUAGAGGGUCUUAGCCAAAUAUCCCUACCAUUGACCGAGUUAACAAAGAAAAACAAGAAGUUCACCUGGGGAGAGGAACAACAAAGGAGUUUCGAUCUACUGAAGGAAAAGCUAGCAUCAGCACCAGUUCUCAAAAUUCCAACAAGAACUGGAAGGUUUAUAGUAACAACUGAUGCAUCAGGUUCAGCAGUGGGAGCAGUGUUGGAACAGGAAGAAGAUGGGGAAACAAGACCAGUAGCAUAUUUAUCUCAGAAAUUAAAUGGAUCACAAUUAAAUUGGAGUAUCAGGGACAAGGAGUUAUACGCAAUCAUAGUAGCCAUUACGAAGUGGAAACAUUACUUGCUGGGAAGGAGCAUCAAAGUUAUCACAGAUCACAAAACUAUCGAAACAUUUGGAAAAGCAGAGUUUUCGUCAAGGAUAGCUAAAUGGUCGGAGAUAUGGGCAGAAUUUGACAUAGAGGUAGUAUACAAGCCAGGGAAAACCAAUAAAGCAGCAGAUGCGUUAUCAAGAAUAGCAGAAAUCAACAGGUUGGAUAUAAGUAGAAUUGAAGACGGGUUCCAGAAAAAACUAAGAAGAGACUAUGAAAAAGACGAAAAGAUUCGAGAAAUAAUAGAAAAUGUUCAAAAUCAAGAAUUUAGCUCGGAUAACACUUACAAAAUGAAAGGAGAUUUGCUCUCAUUUAGCACACAACCAGGAGAUAUUGACGAAGAAAGAUUAGUAUUACCAAAAGGAGAAACAAGAGAAAUAAUUUUACAUGAUUUUCACGACGCACCGGUAGCUGGACAUCAAGGUACAGAUAAGGUACAUAGUUCAAUAGCACGACAUUAUUACUGGCCAAGAAUGUAUGAAGACAUCAAGAAAUACCACCUGGAGGACUGGCAAGGCCAUUACCGAUACCACAAAGAAAAUGGGACAUGGUAG